CAUGCUGUGAUCGCUUGCAAAACACGUGGUGUGAUCGUGUGAUGGCCACUAGUUAGAGCGUAAUGCCUACACAAACCGACGAGACCGAGACCGUUGAAAGAGGCCAAUUCAAGUUCGUGAAACAGACUGCAUCGUGGUACCUGCACGUUUCCUUGGUGUUUAACGGUGAGAAGAAGUUUGAGUUGACAGAAGUUGCAUGUAAGCAGCAGAUUCACAAAUCCUUGAAACAACUCUUUGGAGAGGCUGGAAGUGCUAUUGAGGUUGGCAUCCUGAAAUUCAACCCUUUAUCUGGAAGUGCGAUCCUGACCUGCCCGUCAGACAGUUUUGUCAAGGUCCGGAGUGCGCUGGGGAUGAUAGUCACUGACUUUUCUGGGGCUGAGUGUUACUUCAAAGUACACCGAGUUUCAGCGAAUCUUCUUUCAUUCACCACAAAUUCUAGGACCUUUGAAUUUUAAUAUGGAAAUCGAGGAGCAAAUGAGUGCAACAUCCAAAGGGGAAGCGUGUUCUUGGGUGCAUUGUGUGAAGGAACUGUAUCUUCAGCCACACUACUUCAAUCAAGUGCAAAAAGGUGUGGGCGAUGCAAUGAACGCCACAAUAAACAAGUACCAGGGCGAUCUCGCAGGUGUCGUGCGCCAACACAAAAACGUGAAGCUGCUCAGUGUCGACGGCACGAUAACUGACGAGGAAAGCUACAUCAAACUUCAAGUCGAAGCAGACUUUGAGGUGUUCCGCCCAUUUGUUGGUUGCAAACUCAAAGGAGUCGUCAACAAAGUGAGUGCAAACAAUGUCAGCUGCCUGGUUCACGAGCUGUUCAAUGUUUCGUGUCCUAACGCGAUGGGCAGCGACGACUGGGUUGGCUAUAAUGCCGUCUUGGGCCAGGAAAUCACCUGCCAGGUCACCAAGGUCGAUUUGACUGGUAGGAUUCCUUAUAUCAGGGCGAGCAUUGUCAAGCUGCACCAGACUGAAAACGGCAACCACAAGCACUUUAACGAGGAGGAGGAGGUUGAAGAGAUAAACCUUCAGGAGGAAGAGGAGGAACCUGUGGAGACUCCAAAGAAGAAAAAGAAGAAAGACAAAUCCGGGGAGAGAGCCAAAGAAAAGAAAAAGAAGAAGCAUGAUUCAGAGGAUGAAGUAAGUACUACACCCAAGAAAAAGAGGAAAAGUAAAAGAGAAGACGUUUCAUCUGAAUCCGAAGUUAUUGAAAUCCCUGAAAUAGACAUAUUGAAAGCGUUGAAAAGGAAAAGAAAGAGCGGAGAUCUGCCAGAUUCACCGAUACCAAAAUCUAAGAAGCGAAAGUUGCACAUGAACGAAGCUGGUGACAAAUUUUAUUAUGAUGAUGAUGGAGGUCCAAUUUUUGUUUAAUAAAAGGUACUAAAUUACA